CUCCCUGUGCUGGAUCUUCUGACUGAGCAUGUGCAUAUGAGUAGCUUAGCUAUUAGCUUUUAGACAUGGCCGCAGACAAGCAGAACGAAGCUAAAGUUUCCCCCAUGGAUGAAAAUAAGGAAAAUUCACCAGACGGAGGACUGGGACUGGAAAUCCUGCAAAUCAUCAAGGAGUCCCAGCAGCAGCAUGGCCUCAGACACGGAGACUAUCAGAGAUACAGGGGCUACUGCUCCCGUAGGCUGCGUCGCCUCCGCAAGACUCUUGGCUUCAAAAUGGGCAACAGGCACAAGUUUGUUGGGAAGAAAAUCACUGUCGAAAUGCUUUCUGACAACAGGUAUCUUUUGCUAGUUUUGAUGGAGGCGGAACGUGCAUGGAGCUAUGCCAUGCAGCUUAAGCAGGAGGCCAAUACAGAGCCACGUAAGCGUUUCCAUCUGCUGGCACGACUACGCAAGGCUGCCAAGCACAGUGAGAAGCUGGAGAAGCUCUGUGAAAGCCCUCGUGUCGACGCUAAGACCAAACUAGAAGCGCAGGCCUACACUGCAUACCUGACUGGUAUGGUGGAGUUUGAGCUUCAGGAGUGGAAACGUGCCAUGGAGGCCUUUAACAAGUGCAAGACCAUCUAUGAGAAACUGGCCAGCGCAUUCACAGAGGAACUGGCUGUUCUCUAUCGUCAGCGUGUAGAUGAGAUAUCGCCCAACAUCCGCUACUGUGCUUACAACAUUGGUGACCAGAAUGCCAUCAAUGACUUGAUGCAGAUGAGGCUGACUGGUGGAGGAGGAGGCAUGAUGGCUGAGAAGCUAGAGGCCCUGAUCACUCAGGCAAGAACCAAACAAGCCGCCACUAUGAGUGAGGUGGAGUGGCGAGGACGGACUGUGCCUGUGAAGAUCGACAAAGCCCGCGUCUUCCUCUUGGGUCUGGCAGACAAUCAGGCUGCCAUUGCUCAGGCAGCUAAUGAAGAAACCAAAGAGCAUCUGUAUGAGACCCUGCUGGCUGAGUGCAGAGACACUAUCCAGGCUGUGAGAGAAGAACUCAAGACUGAGGCGAAGCAGCGAGAGAGGAGCUCCGAUGGUGAUGGUGGGAAGGUGUCCAACCUGCAGUUUCUGCAUAGUUACCUGACCUACAUCAAGUUGUGUACGCUGGUGAAGAGGAAUGAGAGUAUGGCUCAUACUCUCCAGGCUAAACUGAAGGAACCUGAGGCUGACGAGAACAAGAGGGGGCCCCGUCCACAGGAUCUCAUCCGGCUCUAUGACAUCAUCCUGCAGAGUCUGGCUGAGCUCUCCACCCUGCAGGGUCUGGAGGAUGACCACACCUUCCAGAAGGAGGUGUCCCUCAAGACCCUGGUCUACAAGGCCUACAGAUGCUUCUUUAUAGCUCAGUCCUAUGUGCUGGUGAAAAAGUGGAGUGAGGCUCUGGUUUUGUAUGAGAGGGUGCUGAAAUACGCCAAGGAGGUCCAGUCUAAAGCCAAGGGCCUCAACAACAGCCUCAAGGAUCUUCCUGAUGUUCAGGAGCUCAUUGCUGAUGUCAAUGCUGAAAAAUACUCUCUUCAGGCUGCUGCCAUAUUAGACACAGAUGAAACAGUUGAAGUUCCUUCUCAGCAGCAGGUGAAAGACAACACGCCUCUCUGUGACCGUCUGGAGACCUUCCGCCUCGACCCUGCUCUUGUAGGGAAGCGGCCCAAUCUGGUCCAGUUCCCCCCUGACUUCCAGCCAAUCCCCUGCAAGCCACUCUUCUUUGACCUUGCUCUCAACCACGUGGCCUUCCCACCGCUGGAUGACAAGGUGGAGCAGAAGGGCAAAGGUGGCCUGACCGGCUACAUCAAGGGCAUCUUUGGCUUCGGCAGCUAAACCAAACCGCAGGCUUUGACCUCCUCGUGAGAGCCGCAAGGCCCCGAGUUCACCACAACCAACCAGACUUGGUUCACUUGGUUAAUUAGAAUCAUUUCAGUUCCUUUUAAUGUUUGAUUUUUAGUGCCUAUGUGUAAAAUGGGUCGAGUUUGUAGUCCUGAGGAAGUUGGAGUGAGUCUUAACUUCAAGAUUUUGGAAGUAGCAAUAUGACCCAAGUCCACCUGCCAUCUUUACUAAGGCUGUAUGGGUUUCAAACGUGGACUCACUCCUUAAUAACGGAGCUGUCUCUGACUUUUAUAGGUUAACAUGCCAUCGUUAUAUAAAUUUCAGCAAGGUUGGCAGACUUUGUUGUCAGGUUAAAUUAAGUCAGUCAUUUUUUUUUAAGCGCCUUCAUUUCUUUAUGUGAGAGGCAUUUUCAAUAUGAUAAACCUAAAACUUGAAAGUGCAGUCUUAUCUCAGCACCUACAUUCUUUCUAGCCUCCCAUUUCUUCCCUUUCCUCCUGCUUCAGCUGCUUCGUUUAAUGCCAGUAUCUGAUUUUCAAAGGAUUGACUGAUUCUGUUACAUUUUCACUGCACACUUUUCUUCCUAGACAUAAAUAUUUUACAGUAUAACAAAUAACCACUUGUGUACAGCUCAAGAAAAAAAAGAUGACGCAACUAUAAAAUGGAAGUAUGCUUUUAAAAGCAUGAGAAGAAAGAAAACUGGAAGCACAUUAUUUCCUGAUUCCUCUAUGUGAUUUUAACUUUAGAUAGGCUUAGGCCUGUGGAGUCAAGAAAUGUUUCUGGAUACAAUUGAAACAAAGCGUUCACAGUACGAGUGGCCUACACCCUGUCUUCUGUUAAAUACGGUUUAAGCGGUCCUGAAGUAAAUUCUCUCCGUGUGUGAAGGUUAGUUUAAUUUCUGGAAUGAAGUUUAUAUUUGUUUCUAGUAGAUACAUGCCUCUUUACACAGAGCUCUAUUUAUCUAUGAGAGGUCAGUGGUGAGGUUCAGUGUUGGAAAUAGCAGCCUUCAGGAAAGUAGGGUUCACCCUGAGAACGUACCCGAUUAGUUAACUAGAAAAUAUACUGGAUGACAUUUAGCAUCAGACUUGCCAUCAUGCCACACAAGGGAAGGCACUUGGAUGCCAGACAUAUUUGGCAGCACCCAACAAUAAAUUUCUCUUAAACACAUUUAACCAUAAAGACCAGUUCAUCAUGUCAGACGAGGGUCCAGCUCAACUAGAUGGAAUCACAGCCUCACGUUUUCAAGGUGGAUGGUUUCUGCUACACUGGGACAUGGUUACAAGUGCAGGUCAUCAGGCUGCAAUGAGUCCCUGUAAUGUUUUAAUGUUGUGUCAUUUUUAUAUUUACAAAGGACAACAGUAGAUUUUCUGACGAGGUGUUCUUUUAGCAGCUAUUCAUCACACUGCCACACCUGUUUGUCUUGGGUAGGACUAGGACUAUUUUCAUCACAAAUGACUUGUCUGUGGAUAUAAUGUAAUGCUGUACAAAUCUUUUCUUAUCCAUUGUUUAUCAUUUCCAAUGCAGUCAUGUUUUCUUUCCACACCAAAGCGGCUCUAUUCCUCUGAACCUUUAAGGGACCUGGUUUGCCUGUAAUAACUGGGAGAAACACUAGCUAAUGGACCGUUUGAGUCACUCACCCACUCGCACAUUGAACUGUUGCGCUUACUUAUUUUUAUCUUUAAUUAUUUGUUUUUCUUUCAAGUGUUUUAUGUUAAAGAAUUACGAUGGAUACUCAAUUAGCCCAGAAAAUGUUUAGUCUUGAUCUAUAAUUGUUGGAAACAUGCGUGAAAAGACAAAUGAAAUGAUGGCAAUGUGUGAUUCAAUUUAGUUUCCAGGCCUAUAAUUAAAAUGUAUUUGCACCAGAAACAGGUUUCGCAUUUUUGUGUAGAAAAUAAACUGAACUGUGUUUCUCAUGA